AAGAGGAGUGUGAAACAGACAGACAUGGAGGAGGACAUUAGAAAGAAGGGUAUGCUGUAUCUGCAGCAGCAAAGAUUUGGAAAGAAAUGGAGAAAGGUGUGGUCCACUCUGUACCAAGAAAGCACCCGUUCGAUCUCACGCCUCGAGUUUUUCGAUGCCGGGACCGGGACGCUGGAGAAAUGCAAAUGCAGGCAGGACAACAAAAAGAUUAUCAGGCUGAGUGACUGCGUUCGUGUGUCCGAGGCCGUGGAUGUGGACGGGUGCCCAAAGGACUGCAAGGCCUUCUUGGUGGAAACCACUGAGAAGACUUUUGUCUUUGCUGUAGAAAUGGUUGAAGCGGAGGACUGGAUGCAGAAACUGUGUGAAAUUGCAUUUCCUAUGAACUGGAGUGAAAGAGGGGCGACGAAGAGGAACAGUUUACCCCCCGAGUCGGACGUCUCGAUGAAGGAUAAUUCGCUGUACUGCGGAAAAGAGGCUGCAUUGAGGGACUUCAAGGUGUUUGUUCGACGUUCCGAUGCUGCAGAGAGGUGUGGGCUGAAAGGACAGUACUUGCUCCGUACAGACUUUGACAGCCUGCUCCUGAAAGAGCCCAAGACCGGAGAAGUGUAUUUCACCUGGCCGUAUCGGUACCUCCGUAGGUUCGGACGAGACAAGACAACUUUCUCUUUCGAGGCCGGAAGAAGAUGCGACUCUGGCGAAGGCAACUUUGAGUUCGACACCAAGCAAGGCAAUGCCAUUUUCCAGUAUGUGGAAGCUGCCAUUAACUUACAGAAAGCAGGACUUAUGCAGCAACAAUCUUCCAGUGGUGCUCGAGAUCGAGAAACGGUACCAAUGCCCCAGCUGCCCAGAAUCACAACACCCACAGAGGAUGGUUCCAGUACCAUUUACAGCAUGCUGAGUGAAACAGGUGUAAAGGACAAAGCCAGACAAUCCCCACCUCACCGUACCAGACUGGAAACACCAACAGAUAAACACUUGACUGGGGUUAAGAGUUUAAACCUCGACACACGGCCACUGCCAAGAAAGAACCAGGUCAAGAACUUCCGAAGCUGUCCUUUAGCCAGCACGGAAGACGAAGCCUAUUCCUGGGUCACGGCACCACUUUCAGAUAAAGAGAUUCCAGACAGAGUUGAGCAAGAAGAGCAACACCAAACACUCCGCCCUUGUUCCAGUUCCCCAGACAUGGAGUAUUCACUUCCGUUUGACAACAUUGCCAAGAAAAGCAUGAAGGACAUCUUGACAUCAUCGCAUUUGGAACAUGGUUUGAGUGAUGAAAAUCUAGAAAAAUCUGCGGAACCACUUUAUGACAGCAUCGAUGAGUCUGCCAUCAGAUCUUUGCCACAUAACCCCCCCAAAAGACAUUCAAAUAAAUACUCCCCAGUGGAACACAUUUACGAUGAACCCGAAGGUUGCGCCACGACGCCGGUUGCUCCGGUCGCACUCUACGAUGACCCCGAAGAAGUCCGAGGGAAUGCCUGGAAGACCCUGGGUGCUUUACAUGAUCCCAGUGGACACGAGUUCCCUUAUAAUGCGCAAGUGGACGACUACGCCGUUCCCAAACCUCCCAGGAGAGCCAGAAUUCCCGAGCAGGAAAGAGAGAGAGGAGAGAAAAGCAGGAUGCCAGGAAUACGGAAUAGGACUGAAGAUGACAAGGACACUUCACCAUAUGAUAACGUGAUUCUGAAAAUCAAAAGUAGUUCUCUAAACGAAUAACCUGGACAUCUUUCUGUGAAAGUUUUAAAAAUAAGGCAAGUCAUCUGUGAAGAAAUGAACAAGAGUCGUCACUGUACUUCUCUCCAGUUUUAUGAUUGUGGGUAAAAAAAGAACACUGAGUUCAUCCAGCGAGGCCUUCGCGUGUCAGGAAUAAAUCACGACGUGGACGUGGUGCUGUGAAGUGAAGUGACGUGACGUGAUGUGAUGUGGAGUUACAGUGACCACGCCACAGUUGGUUCUUUUCCUAGUAUAGCGCAUCCCCAAGUGUUUUAUUAUAUCCUAUUAUAUCACACCAAUCAUCGCCAGCCAUCAGGAAUAUUUGUUAAAAUUAAUUAAAGAACGACACACUGUACUUUUUAUCCAUUUGUAAUUAUAUUUAAUAUUUAGUUUCUUUCUGUUUUCAUAUAAAACAACAAAAAAAAAUUGUCAUGCCAGAAAACUUAAAGCUACAGCUUUACAUGUGAGUGUUACAAAGUGCUAACACUGGAGACUCCUUCCAUGCCACGCCCUUUAAAGUGACACAGGUUGAUGUAUUAAAAAGAUGAAUAGUACCCUGUGGAGCUAGAAUAACCCCGAGGUACUCGCUGUAUUCCCCGCUGCCUCGUGCCUGUGAGCUGGAUAAACACCACGCGCUAAUGUUUACACCUGGGCACAGAAACAGCCGAAGUUUAUCCUCAUUAUAAUAUUAUAAUGAGCGAGGUUGUGACAAACAUGGCAGAACCGGCAGCUUCUGACACACAAGCAAGCGCUCAAGACCCAGCAGUAUUUCCUCGGCUUGUCUUGCUGUGUUUUCUCUCUCUACUGGUGCGUUUUUGCCAGAGACUUCUUUAAAAUCGUUGGUUUUUGUCUCAAUUUAGUAGUCUUCGUUUGAUCUGGGCGAUCCGCCAUAUUUGCUGUGGCUCCACGGUCGUGACCUCUGAACCGUGUAUGAUCUCAUGUGACUUUUCCGAACUGGCUGCUGAGCGAGCAGUUUGUAAACGGACUAACGUGGUUUGGACGCCCUGCAUCAGAAAAUAAAAUGUAUUGAAACAAGAUGAUGUGUACCAGCUACCGUAUGCGGAUGGGCAUCAGCUCAAACAUUUCAGAAAGGGGAGGGGAUUGAAUGGUUCCUGAACCAGCACUUCGACCUGUGUCACUUUGAUCAGUUUAUGUGGAACGUCUGCUGAACGAGUCCCUGUGAACGAGCUGUUACUAUAGAAACGAGCGCAUUAAUAUAAACCUGUGAUUACUGUCAGAGCUGCUGUUACAGAAAACGAAUCAACACUUUCUGACCAAUCAGAGUCCAGAAUUCAGCAUGGCUGUGGACGAAAGCAUUGUUCAUCAUAAGGAUGUGCUGCUUGGGCAAUUUUGUCAGUAGUCAGUGCCGAUAAAAUGAUGUGAAACAGGAUGUAAGAAUUUCCCAAACACCCAUACACUCACCGGCCACUUUAUUAGGAACAUUUACCUGCAUCAAAUCACGCAGAUACAAAUCAAGAGCGUCAGUUAAUUAAUGCUCACAAUGUUCAAACAUCAGAAUGGAAAAAACUGUGAUCUCAAUUUUUGUGUGACUUCCUUUCACUGUGGUAUGGGUGCUGGUUUGAGCCAGAUGAGUAGUUUUGGUUUGAGUAUUUCAGAAGCUGCUGAUCUCCUCCUGGGGUUUUCACUCAACAGUCUCUAGAGUUUACACAGACUGGUGCAGAAAACAGAAAACAUUUUUUGAUGAGUGAGCAACAGUUCUGUGGAUGGAAAAAACAAACGCCUUGUUGACGGUCAGAGAUCAGAAAAUGGACAGGUUUGAGGUGGUUUGAGCUUUUUGGCCAGGAAGGAUAGAGUAACUCAUAUAAUCACUCUUUACAACCGUGAUGAGCAGAAAAGCAUCUCAGCACGCAACAGCAGAACAGAAGAACACACUGGGUUCCGCUCCUGCAGCCAAGAACAGGGAUCUUACAAUCAAUAUUGGAUUCUUGGGUAAUUUAAUGUUGAUGAAACGAUGAAACUGCAGAUUUCAGUUGUAGAUUCGGACUCUGAUCAGAUAUUUGGGAUGUAAGUGUGUGUGAAAGUGUGUAUGAGGUUGAGGCACCACUUGAUUUGUACGGUAUUUUUGUCUCCCCACAAUAGUCAAACCACACACACUCAUUUCUUCCGCUGUUAUAAAUAAUCUGUGAAAAUUUCAACUUCAGCAGAAUAUGACUGAAACCACCAUGACCUUCUGCACUGGCUGUAGAUUGGAUCAUAAUUCAGUUUGAACUUCAGCCAGCACUCUUCGUCCUCUUUCCUGAUUUCUGUUAUUGUGUCGGGAGCUCACGGGCAAUUAGAGUUUCACUUCUCCUCCAGAGUGACUGAUCUUCAGCCACUUAACCUCUUGCUUAAUUCCUAAUCGCAGCAAAUGUGAGUUUCAUGUCCUGAAGUAUUUAUGGCACACGGUGACUCCGGAGCCUGUUACUUUAUUUCCAGGAAUGUCUGAAUAACAGCGAUAAAACUCGGAGAGAUUAGAACCGUCCCCAGAUCAGUGAAUGAACCAUGUGUGUUUGUGAUUCCUGCUUUUUUUAAAAAAUGAGAUUUAUGUAGACUGUAUUUAUACAUGUUACUAGUGCUGGUUGAUAUGACAGUACCGGUAUAAUCAGGUCGUUCUUCAGGAACGGAAUCACAUUCACAGCAAAACUCUUUUAGUUGUGGUUCUCAAGAUAAGGGUAUUAAAUACAUUUUCACACUGUAUGGGGUCUUUUGACCCUAAAAAAAGCAGCUAUGUUUAACCCUGAACACCAAAUCUUUUACAAGGAAAGAAAAGUCAGUAACGGAAUUACAUCAGAAAAAAAAAAUAGAACUUUCAUUUCUUAAAAUUCAAACCCAGAUCCCCCUGAAGUGACAUUGCUAUAAUUGGGGUUGUGAUGAUUUUUAAAUUUGGUUUUCAGCACAUUUUGCCUUGGAUUCCAGACUUUAGCAAGAUCACUGAGCUGGGCUGGGUUUCCCAAAAGCCUCUUAAUGUUAAGAGCAUCUUAACUAGAGAGAGAGAGAGAGUUCAUUGUGCUGCUCGCUUGACCAUUUAACGAUGAUCUUUGUGAUAUGAUGCUUUUGGGAAACUCAGCCCUGAUAAAUUAAGGCAAUCUUAAUCAGUUCAUCAUUUUAGUCUCUCUGCUGAAGAAUUGCUCUGAUAUUGAUACUGCGAUAAAUUAUGUCAAAAUAUGCACAAAUAAAAUUAUAAAUUUGGUUUUGUUUAAUUAUAAUUUGACUAGAAGCAGCUGAUUUGAUGCAAAAAAAAUUACAUAAAUUUUGAAAUUUUUUUUCCAGUUGAACAUACAACGUUGUGUAAAAUUCAUUACCCUGUUUUUUCUUACAUCAACCUUUUUUCUUUCUUAUAAAUUUUUAUUUUAUCACUUCUACACUGUCAAAUCAGUCCAGAAAAAUUUUAAAUUUCCAAAAUGUUAGAUUUCCAGCACAGCAUUAGCCUAAAUGUUAAAGUGAAGAAAGCAGCAUAUUGUAAGAUAUUAAGAGAAACUUUUCAGACAUAAAUUAAAAAAAAAAGAAGGCUGCUGGGUUUUGGUGUAAAAUGAAGAAGUGAGUGUGACAGUCAAAGUGUCCAGAAGAACUGUGGCUGGUUCUGUAAGAUGCUCAGGAAAACCUACAGAUCAUUUCCACAUAAAACUGCACUCACUGGACCUGAGACGGAGAUUUUAUUUAUUUAUUUUUAAAGCAAAGGGUCAUCUCACACCAAAUACUGACUCUGUUUCAUUUCUUAUGGCUCACUGAUUACUGUUUAUAAUAUUUAAAAAAAAAUCAAAACAUUUAAUUUCCUUAUUUUUGAAGGCAUCUUUGCUCUGCAGCAUUUCUUUGCAUGGUGUUGUGUGUAAAAUUAUAAAAUGCAAAUAAAAAUACAUGAUAUGGGCUAAAUAAUUAAACAGGCUUUAUUUUCAGAUUGUAUAUGAUAGAAAUGCCUUUGAGAAUUGUGAUAUGAUACUUGUGUCCUGUCUCCCAGCUCUUUACUAACAUUACUCAUCAUAAAGAGUGAGUGCACUACCAAGAGUCAGUUUUUAUUGACUCGCGUAUUCACUAAUGUAUGUUUUAACCCUGUUAAAGACACAUCAUUCAGUUAUUUAUCUCGUAAUUAUGAGGGACGGAGUGUAGUGUGUGUAAAUGUGUGUGUAGUGUGUGUAAAUGUGUGUGUAGUGUGUGUAAAUGUGUGUGUAGUGUGUGUAAAUGUGUAGAAAUGGACAAUAUUUCUCAGAUAAGUUCAUUUGUGGUCUCAGAUAUUUAAAAAAACAGUUAAUGGUGUGUGUGUGUGUGUGUGUGUGUGUGUGUGUGUGUGUGUGUUUGAGGAAAAUGCUGUAUAUAAUGGCAUAAUUAGUGAAACAAUUAUCUCAAUAUUUUUUUUUUCCAUUUAAAUGUGAUAUUAAUCCUGAACCAGCUUGGUUAAAAAGUGAAAAUAAAAGUAAUGUAAUGUAAAAGUGAUAAAACUGCAGAUUUGGGUUGUGUGUAAACUGAGUGUGAUGAUACUGUAUGUUUGAUUAUGGAAUUAAAUUGUAUUUCUGAUUCCUGCUGAAA